GAGAGAGCGAGCAUAGGAGGAGGUAGAGGGAGGAUGAAGGAACCGCUGACCAGAACACGUUGGCUAAGGCUUGUAGGCUAGUUAUCCAUUGCGAGUUGUGGUGUGGCAGCGGUCACACGCGCCUUGUGUUGUCCUCCUCCCGCACACAAAACUUGAGCGGGAGACUUCCCUCACUCAAUCUCUCUCUCCCUCUCUCUCUCUCUCUCACUUUCUCAGCAGGGAAUCCUGGACCUACAAGAAGUACCACAAACAGAACAUCUGCCCAAACUGUACAAGACGAAGAGCAAUAAGUUACUUUGUAAAAUUGUGUAAAAAGUGAUGGUUUUUGUGACGCAAUUUUCAGUUUUAGGAAGGCGAAAGCAUAUCUGAAGGACUUUACUUGGAACAUGAUAAAAGGUGCAAGUUUUUAAAGAAAUUCCAACAAAAGAUGAAAAACCUGCAGUGGAAAGUUUAAAACAAAGCCUGUAGUGUUGUGUCUCGUUAAACAAAGAAAAGGAAAGUGUUUUUAAAUUGGUGACUUUAUGAACACUCACUGUACUAUAAAAUAUCCGAUUUUGACUCAUAAAGGGAAAUACCAGAGUUUAAAAAAUUGACAAAAAAGAACAAUCCAUUAUCAUUCUCCAGCCCAGUAAGUGGAAUUGAAGCCCUCCAUAACUACCGUUGACAUUCUCCGACUUCUCUCUGAUCUCGAUUUGUAGUUCAAAGGCUGGAGGGGCUAUAAAGACGAGGGGAAACGAGAGACAAUCUUAAAAGAAUGCUUCGAAGCGUCGUCCCACGACUUGGCUUGAUGCAUCAUCCUUGAAGACAUCCUCACAGCAAGAUUUCCUUAUCCCGUUUAGGCAAAAUUUAGUCACAACCAAAUCUGCAUUGGAAAUUGAUUAAAGUAUUUCAGUAAAUAAAAGUGGUAAAUCAUUAAGAAAAGUAAACUGGGGCGCAAUGACAAAAAUGGUAUGUUAACCAUCACCAUCCAAGCAAAUACAGUAAAGUUCAAGUUUUCAUUUACGCUUCAGUCGCCCAAAGAGGAGAUAUGGGUUGAUUUUGCAUGAAACCUUCUCAACCGAACCAGUCUUUUUUACAGAGAUUUUUGUGCAUGAAGUGAAACGCUCAAGACAAGUUUUGGAUAACUGGAAAACACUAUUGGAUGGGAACAUACUGAUUUGGAGCUUCGCAAGGGCUCCUAAUACGAGUGACAAUCGCUAGUAACGAGGCAUCGUGAUAAAAGGUGUUCGAAAUGUAGACGGGAAAGUCAAACCAUUCCCUUUUUUGGUGUCUUGGCGGAAACAGCAUUAGUGCUUUAUUUAUUAGGGCAAUGAAAUGAUAAUGACUUCUGACUUGAAUUAAAAUGAGCUCAUGAUUUUAAAGCACAAGCAAACUCUCAAAGCACAAGCAAAAGAAAAAUACAAGUUUUCACCCAAGGAUCAAAAUGACAAGGUACUUAAAACUGUGAAUAUUCACAAUUCUGCUAUCUAGUUCCUCGGAUAUAGUUGUGUAAAACAAAUACACGAGAAGAUAAGUCUUGAGUGUUUCUUCUGAAGACCUACGACUCUGCUAGUUGCUAUAAGAGCAAUUAUAAAUAAUGAGGACCCUGAAGACUGUGAUCUUAUUUGGGGCGAUAGUAGUCUGCAUCACCUGGAGCCCAGCAACCGCCACCUGGUGGUUGCUAGGUCUGAACAGCGCCCAGUUCCAAAGCUCAGCGGAGUUGACACCUCACAUUUACAGAGAUAAGUGCAAUAACCUCACGUACCUGGUGGCAAAACAAAGGCAACUUUGCUCCCUUUCGCAAAAUGUCCUGAAGAUUGUAAGUGAAGGGGCACGGAUGGGCAUUAGCGAAUGCCAGUUUCAGUUUCAUAUGCACCGAUGGAACUGCACAACGUUCACCAAUUCACCAUACGUUUUUGGACACCUGUUGGGCAUCAAGAGCAGAGAGAAAGCUUACGUGUAUGCCAUCUCGGCUGCAGGAGUUGCCUACAGUGUGACCAGAGCGUGCAGUCGAGGAGAACUCACGGAGUGUGGCUGCGACGAGAGGAUCCGACAGAGACCAACUCGAGGAAGGUGGGAAUGGGGAGGAUGCUCAGAGGACCUGAGGUUCGGCGAAUACUUCAGCAAAGAGUUCGUUGACGCCAGGGAAUCUCGAAGCACAGCCGACGGUCUGAUGAAUCUCCACAACAAUGAAGCUGGACGACGGGCCAUUCGGAAGGAAAUGGAACUGGUGUGCAAGUGUCAUGGUGUCUCUGGGUCUUGUUCCAUGAGAGUCUGUUGGCGCAGAAUUCGAAGCUUCAGGAACAUCGGCGACUCUCUGCUGCGCCGAUUUGAAAGUGCAAUCAAUGUCAGGUUUGUGAAUCGCAAGAAGAGGAAGAAACUGCGACCAAUGAAAAGAGGUUACAAGAGACCUACUAAGAGAGAUCUGGUCUUUCUCGAGGAAUCGCCAGAUUACUGUAAUCGAAAUAUGAAAUUGGGAGUGUUGGGAACAUCGAGUCGGUUAUGCAACAAGACCAGCUGGGGGAUGGACGGAUGCAAGAUUCUCUGCUGUGGCAGAGGAUAUCAGACGAUGGUCAAGGAAGUCACAGAAAAGUGCAACUGUCGCUUCAUCUGGUGUUGCAAAGUCAUAUGCGAGCAAUGUCAGGUUACGCGUGAAGAACAUUACUGCAACUGAACGGACCUGACUCCACAGGAGAUUGCUUAUCGUAAAUAAAGGAUAAUAGGCAACGACACCAGAGCCCUCAUCAGCCAGAGUUUUUCAAGAGAAACGCGAAUGGGAUCUUUGAUAUCUACGGUGUCUAACCACCUGGUUUUUGCCGAGUUCCCGCGUACUUUGAAGCAACUCUUGGUAAUAACAGUAGGCCUACAUGUUAGCUAGGAAUCAACGACUGACGUUUCUUGCGUGGUCUUUAGUCCCUAAGUUAGUGGUAUAUCCCAUAGAAUGAUUAUAUAUAAAAACCUGUUGCAUCGUUGUCAAUUUCUUUUAUGUUCAAAAGUAUUUCCAAGUCUUCAACAUACAAAGCAUAACCAGAUCCCCAUUAGAAGGGACUUAUUGUCAUCAUCAUUUACCACAAUUUAUGUUUUCUGUACCUGAUUGCUUUUGUAGAUAAAUUAGAAUCUAUGGUAGUGUGUGUCACAAAAAAAAAAAAAAUGUGUAAAUGUGAAACUGCGGCUGAAAGCGUGUAUAGUAAAACUUCAUGUGCAAUUGCAAUAUAUGAAUUCUAUUAAUAUUUCAGUAUCCAUUUCAGAACAGUCGAACAGUAUUAGAUGGGGUUUAUACAAAGCAGAAACUUUUUCCCGAAAGCACCACAAGAGUAACACUGAAAUGAGCGAUGAAAUAAAAUGAGAAAAAGCGGUAUAAACUAAAUUCCUUCCAAAUAGGUCGGAGACAGGAAUCGAUCACUUAUCUGGAUUUGAUUGGAAUGACCAUGCUCCAGAUUUCCCUGAAAGGAUCAUUCUGAAGCAAAGGCAUACAGAACCCUAUCUCUGCCAUAUCCACUGCAACCUACGUAGAAGUUUCUGCUUCGUAAAAGUUAGGAUAUCCUUGAAUACUGUUGUUUUAUCUUCCAUAGUUAUUAAGAUGAAAAGUACAUAUCCUCACGAGGAUAGACUCCGUGUUUAAAGUAGCUAUCAUCGAUAACCUUGGCAUUCUCUCUCUGACUAAAAAGAAAGAUUAAUUUUUUUCGACAGUUAGCACAAAGAUCAGACCAUAAGAUCUUCUGGUUUCAUAAUGUCACCGUAAAUGCUUAAGUAGUACUUCGGUAACAGAUAAUGCCCACGAGUGAAUAGCGAAGCACUUGUUAGUGCAUGAAAUUGUUGGGUCCUUCUUCCAUGCCACAGCAAGCAUUUAAGAAAAUCAAUUAUAGUGAUCAUACUUCUCGAUCAUACAAAUCACAGAGUAUUUGAAAAGCUUAUUUCAUCCUGUUAUAUGUAAAGGGUUGGUUUCUCUUUCAAUCAAUUUAUAGAAGGAAAAAGAUGUAUGAUUUCUGAGAACAUUCAUUAUUAUCGUAGGUUCAAACAGGACCGUCUUCACCGCAAUAUAAUUGUCGUCCAUGGGAAAAACCAUUACCCACGAGACGAUGGACUUAAAAGAUUUUCCUUAUUUAUUGGCACUUUUAAUAAAACGCUUGUUUAAGAAUCAGUGAUUGAACUACCCGAUGGGCCAUUGCCUUAAGACGGUCCUAGGACAAAAACGUACAGUAGCAUCUACAUUGGAAACUGUGUAUGUUUAUUGUCGAAAGUUGCUUUUCAAAAACUACCACAUCUCAGCCAUUAAGAAGAAAGAUGGCUGAAUGGGGAAGCCUUUGGAAGUUUUGUAAAUAAUAUUUUCCUUUGAAAUUUAUAUAAUUUUUCUGCUUUAACAAAGAAAAUGCAAACAUCAUACUUAUAUAUAAUUAAUGUUAACCAGACAAAUUAGGUCAUAUUGAUCUUAGAUAAUGACUGUAGAUUAGCCCUCAAAAUAUUAUGUAUCUUUUAGUAUAAGAUUUGUGUGGACUUUAUGGUAAGAAAACUAAGCAGAUUUAUCAUUUAAAGUAUAGACUUAGAAUUGGUUGUCUUUUGAGCAUUUUGAAGACACACUAGGGAUAAAAUUCCAUCCAGGACUAGUCUAUUUCUCAUCCUAUGA